AUGGCCCUCUCGCGUACCACUCGCAUCUCCCUCCUGCUAGCCAUCGAUAUUGUAUUCUUUUUGAUUGAGAUUAUCGUCGGUUAUGCCGUCGGCUCUCUGGCUCUCGUCGCCGAUAGCUUUCAUAUGCUCAAUGAUGUGGCGAGCUUAGUAAUUGCUUUGUAUGCAAUCAAGCUUACCGCCCAAACCCAUACCGACACUCGGUACUCCUAUGGUUGGCACAGAGCGGAGAUUCUUGCCGCGCUUGUCAACGGCGUCUUUCUUCUGGCUCUCUGUUUCUCUAUCUUUAUGGAAGCCAUCGAACGCUUCUUCAGUACUCCUGAGGUUGGCAACCCGAAACUCGUCGUAAUCGUUGGUUCCUUUGGUCUCGCUUCCAAUAUUCUCGGUCUCUUCCUGUUCCACGAGCACGGCCACUCUCAUUCACACGCCCAUGGCUCAAGGCCAAAUAGCGCGUCGCCUUCAAAGGCAGCGAGCAUUGCGUCGGAUGAGGGCGCCACACUAGCACCGCAUUCUGAACCUCCCCAGUAUCGUGCUCAGUCACCCCCGGUGUUGCGCAAGACCCGUGAGCGCUCUGAGUCUUACUCUUCACUCUACGGCCAUCCUGCCGCGACGCGUGCUUCGCUGGUACAAACUGCAGCCGACAUGGCGCGAGAGCGCUCACCUCAACCUGUCGGACCUCGUCGGACGCGAUCACACUCCCGGCCGCUUCCAUCCGUCGAAUCACAACGUUCCUUCGGCGCCGGAUCUACUUCGCGAUCCGCUCUUGACGCUGAAACUGAGGACGCCGGCGCUAUGACACCUCCCGUAGCCGCCAAUGAGCGUACCGCGUUGCUCACCGAGCGCCACGACGACGACCACGACGACGACCACGCCGAGAGCUCAUCCGAACAAGGACACUCGCACGGUCAUGACCACGCCCAUGGCUCUAUGAACAUGCGCGGCAUCCUUCUGCACGUACUGGGUGACGCCCUCGGCAAUGUUGGCGUGAUUGCGACCGGCUUGAUCAUCUGGCUUACCUCCUGGAGCUUCAAGUUCUACUUUGACCCGAUCAUCAGUUUGGUCAUCACCGUCAUUAUCUUCCAAUCGGCCUUGCCUCUCGUCCGCAGCACAUCUUUCAUCUUGCUCCAGGGUGUUCCGUCCGAGAUCUCGUUCGACCAAGUCCGCAACGAUAUUCUGGAUGUACAGGGUGUACUGUCCGUGCACGAGCUGCACAUCUGGCAGCUCUCGGAAUCCAAGGUCAUCGCGUCAGUUCACGUCACAGCGUCCCGCAAGAUCGACUUCAUGCCCGUCGCCUCGGACAUCCGGAGUGUACUACACUCGCACGGCAUUCACUCAAGCACGAUUCAACCUGAAUACCACCCCGCCGCCCAUGCUGUCCCCGACGAGCACCUUAAGACCACCGAGGACACGCGCUGCCUGGUCAACUGCCCGAAUGACCACAGUUGCUCCGCCAACGAGGCAUGUUGCCGGCCUUCACCUAAUGCAGGGGAACCAUGA